CGAAAAAAAAACCCCAUAAAACUCUUUUUUCGGUCGGUUAACGGGUUAAGUAGCAACUCGGACGGAGGAGAAAAGGGGGAAAAGAGGAGCGCGGAAUUUAAGCAAUACACCGCAGAGCUGCGGCUGUCGUCUCCGCUUGUUCGAGACAGCAACCCUAGGAAAAAGUACUGAUAAGAGGCAAUUGAGAUCAAGGGAGAAUCGCGGGAGGCCGAGCUUUAGCCCUCACUGCUUCCGCGCAUCGCGACGCACGUGUUUCUGGUACUCGAACAUCGUAGUAUAGCGCCAUGAGCGAGGUAACUUAUCUGAACUCGUGAAGAGAGAGAAGGAAACCUCGAGAUCGAGAGUCGAUUAGGUAAAAGUCGACGGGACAUUUGGGCGUGGAAGAAUAGGACGUACUCUCUGGCCUCCGAUCAUUAUCUCUGGUAGCUGCCUUGUUUUUUCGUUGCACUGUUGCUACUGCUGUUCUUCCUGACCUGAAAAGAAGAGGAUAUUAUAGGUAAGCUCCUUCUUGGUUUCGCCCCGAGAGAUAAUGCUUCCAAAGUGAAUUUCAUUGGUUUCUUUGCUCAUAUCAUGGUUCGUUUUCGUUGCGGGAGCUGAGCUCUCUUCUAUUGCUUUUCAUAUUGUUGAAAGCUUGUCUGACGAAAGUUUGAAGUAUGGUUAAGGUAGAACGCAAUGGCACUCGUUACUCGUAGUAUGGCUUUAUGGAUUCCCAGCUUUACCGACAUGUUUCUCAUACUGUAGUUUACCUUUUUGAAUCCUUAUUUCAGUGUGCCUCCUAAUUCUUAUGGCCUUUGGCUUUGAGGUAGCUAUCAAACUAGUUAGUUUGUUUAUUAGGUAGGAAUCUUGUUAGAGCUUGAUGUUAAACGCCGAAACACUUUUUUUUAAAUUGCCUCUGUAUAAUGGUUUUGAUUUUUUAGUAACCUGCCAUUACUGUGUAUGGUCUGUGUGGAUGUUUCAACCUUCAAAUUCAAUUCAUAAUUUCUUUGUCUGUGGUUUCUACUGAGCUGCAAUGAAAAUUGGUUUCUUUUUUCCAGGAUAAACAAUUGGUGAAUUGACAUUUUUGUUUGAUUUCAGUUGUAACAAUGGAUGAGAGGCAUCUUGAAACUAGGCAUGAUCGUCGUGAAGAGAGGGCUGAUCCUGAUGAUUCUCCAAGAGUAGUUGAUGAUUUGGGGCUAAAUGGAGCUGAAAAGUCUAGCAAGCAUUCUGGGAGAGAGAAGGACAGGAAGAGAAGUACCAGAGGAGAUGACAAAGACAAAGACAAGGAUCAUAGAGCGAAAGACAGAGAUAGAUCUAGGAAGAAUAGGGAUGAUGUUUCAUCCGAGAAGUUCACUGAGCAAGGCAAAGAUAGGAGCAAGGAUGUCAAGGCAAAGGAUAAAGAUCACGAUCAGGACAAAUCUAGAGAGAAGGAGCGUGAACGAGAUAAAGAUAAGGAUAAAAAGGACCGAGGGAAGGAAAAGGAUAGAGAAAGGGAGAGAGAGACUGAUAAAGAGAGGGGCAAUGAGAAGACUAGGGAAAGGGACCGAGCAAAGGAUAAGGAAAGAGAGAAAGUGAAUGAAAAGCCUAAGGAUCGAGAUAAGCCAAAAGAAAAUGAGAAAGAUGGGGAGAAAGAUAAGGGACGAGAGAAGACUAAAGAAAGAGAAUUACACCAAGGUAAAGAUCGGUCAAGGGAUAGGGAUGGAAGCAAAGAUGACCUGCGAGAAGAUCUUGGGAGGCCCAAGGAUGAUAGAAUUCCAGUGGACCGGGGACAUGAUGGACAUAGAGGAAAAGUGACUUUCCGUGAGGAAGAGCAGCAAAAUGAUGAUCGCUCUUCCAGUGGAGGACACACAUCAACAUCUGCACUUAGGGAGCGUAUUAUGAAAAUGAAAGAAGAAAGAACUAGGAAAACAGAUACUGGUUCAGAAAUCCUGUCUUGGGUCAGCAGUAACCGUAAGCUCGAGGAGAAAAGGAAUGCUGCAAAGGAAAAAGCCAAGCGGCUGUCAAAAAUUUUCGAGGAGCAGGAUAACAUUGGCGGAGAAGGAAAUGACGGUGAAGACCAUUCACAUGAUUUAGCUGGAGUUAAAGUCCUAGAUGGCCUUGACAAGGUAAUAGAAGGUGGAGCAGUUGUUUUGACUCUUAAAGAUCAGAGUAUUCUUGCUGAUGGCGAUAUCAAUGAUGAGGUCGAUAUGCUUGAAAAUAUCGAAAUUGGGGAGCAGAAGCGCCGAAAUGAGGCGUACAAGGCUGCGAAGAAGCCAAAGGGAACCUAUGAUGACAAGUUCAAUGACGACCUUAUGGCUGAGAAAAAGAUGCUUCCUCAAUACGAUGAACCAGAAGAUGAGGGACUUACUUUGGAUGGUAGGGGACAUUUCAGUGGCGAAGCAGAGAAAAAACUGGAGGAGUUGCGUAGGAGACUACAAGGUGGUUCCACUAAUAAUCGUACAGAAGAUCUGAACUCAUCAGGAAGAAUCUCGUCUGAUUACUAUACUCAAGAUGAAAUGGUUCAGUUUAAGAAGCCAAAGAAAAAGAAAUCCCUGAGGAAGAAGGAUAAGUUGGAUAUAAAUGCUCUUGAAGCAGAAGCCAUCUCCACAGGGUUAGGCACUGGUGAUCUUGGUUCUAGGAGUGACAGUAGAAGGAAGGCCAGAGAAGAGCAAGAGAGAUCUGAGGCAGAAAACAGAAAUGCUGCAUAUCAGUUAGCUUUAGCAAAAGCAGAGGAAGCAUCUAAAGCAUUACGAUUAGGACAAACAGUUUCUGCUGUUGCUGAUGAGGAAGCCAAUGAUAUGGGUAUGGACGAGGAUGAAGACGAUUAUCUCCACAAAUCUGUUGAAAGAGCAAGAAAGUUGGCUCUGAAAAAACAAGAGAAGGCUCUAGUUGGCCCUGAAGCAAUUGCUCGGCUUGCCACCACCAUUAAGAACAGUAUGACAGCUGAUGAGCAAAACCCUGCAACUGAAGAAUCACAAGAAGGCAAGGUUGUCUUCACUGAGAUUGAAGAGUUUGUUUGGGGUCUGCAGCUUGAUGAAGAUGCCCACAAGGCCGAUGCCGAAGAUGUUUUCAAUGAUGAAGAUGAUGCAGCAGUAGCUACUCAUGAGCAUAUGGAAGUUAAGGCCGGUGGGUUGCCCGAAGUAAAUGAGACAGUUAAAGAUGAAGACACUACGAUGGAGGAUGCAAAAGAGGUAGCUCCAGAUGAGAUAAUUCAUGAAGUUCCUGUUGGUAGAGGUUUAUCAGGUGUAUUGAAGCUGCUCCACGAGCGAGGGUCCCUGAAAGAAAGCAUUGACUGGGGUGGUAGAAAUAUGGAUAAGAAAAAGAGCAAGCUUGUUGGCAUUGUAGACACUGAUGACGCGAAGGACAAGGACAAGGACAAGGAGAAGAAUAAGGAUAAGGAUAACGACCGGUUUAAGGAUCUUCGUAUUGAGAGGAGAGAUGAAUUUGGGAGAAUCAUGACACCGAAAGAGGCAUUUAGGAAGAUCUCUCAUACAUUCCAUGGCAAGGCCCCUGGGAAAAUGAAGCAAGAAAAGCGGAUGAAGCAAUAUCAGGAAGAACAGAAGUUGAAGCAAAUGAAGAAUUCAGAUACACCUUCAUUGUCCGUGGAGAGGAUGAGGGAAGCUCAGGCGCAGCUACAGACACCAUACCUCGUUCUUAGUGGUCAUGUGAGACCUGGGCAAACAAGCGAUCCAAGGAGUGGUUUUGCAACGGUAGAAAAGGAGUUUCCUGGGGGAUUGACUCCAAUGCUUGGUGACAAAAAGGUUGAGCAUUUCCUGGGGAUAAAACGCAAGCCUGAGCACCGGGAUGACAGCGCGCCAAAGAAGCCCAGAACUUAAACAAACUUCCAUCUCUUGCUGCUACAUUACGUACCAGUCUAGUAGAGAGAAGUCUCUCGUCAGAGUAUGACCCGGUUAUUGCUCGCUGUUUUCUCUUAUGACUUUAAACAUGUUAUGAUUACCAGUGAAUUCUGAAAGUUCAGUUGCACCAAAUUUUUGCAGAGAUGGGAUGGUAUUUGGGUAAACUUUGCUGAUACUGUUGUCUGCAGUGCCCAUAGGCAAUGUUGCUGCAGUAAAUACUAAAUAGUAAGUUUCAACUGAAAGAUUUUUUGUUCUUUCCCCGUCUCAAAUUGCUUUAUUUUGCCUGGUAUUUGAGCUUUGCUGAUACUGAGGUGUGGCCCUGUGGGAGUGAGAUUCUCUGGCUGCUGAUGCGGCCGAAUUCAUCGAGCUAGCUUAGUUCUGUUUGAUGUUUCCACAACGUGCUGCUCAAUAGGUCAUAGUGUUGAAUCUGUGGUGGAUAAUUAGGCAAAGUCUAUCAAGUUCUAUCUUGUGCAUUAUUUUAGCAUUCGACACCAUCAAUAGUGAAUAUAGAGGUUACUAACAAGUGGCUGCAAAGUCGUCAUCCCACUUUGAUCAGUGGUGCUGUACUAAUGUCGUCUUUCCCACUAGGGGUUGCAUCCAAUUUCCUCCACUUUCUAAGGUCCUCCCUGUAGGAAUGCUGACAAACAAAGGAAAUCCUAUAUCUAGGAGGGUUGUUACAUUUUAGCCUUUCAAUCUGGAUUUCUGUUUUAUGGACAGGACAGGUCGAAGUUGGAAAUUACUUGCAGUUGUCAAAUUGUGUGUUUUGCUUCUUUUCAAGUUUUGGUUUCAGUUGCUUUCUUUUCCCUGUUUUCAGAGUGACCUAAUGUCGUUGGUACAUUUUAUUAAAUAAUUUCUGCUUCCUACUCGAAUGGAUAUAGAUAUAUGGUGCACUUGGUAUGGACCUUUAGCCUAAAAUAGAUUGUAAUUAUCUAAAAUAGAUUGUAAUUAUCAAUUAAUAUCACAGUUGCAGGAGCACUUCUACUAUGCUAUAUAGUAUUGGUGCUUUAAUGUACUAAUUUUAAGUUGUAGCAUAACAUCAAAUGUAUAAGUUUAAAUUGUACCAUAAAAUAAUUUGUACCAUUAUGUUAUGGUACAAGUUCAAGUUGUACCAUAAAAGAAUUUGUACAAAAAGUAUAGGUACAAUUUGAAGUUGUACCAUAAACGCAAAACUCUAUAGCACCAAUACUAUAUAACAUUGCAAAAUUUCUCACUGUUGCAGUAUUCGUAUAGUGUAACGAUAUAAUGUAGAGCCAGGAGGGGGUUUGAAAUUACAUGUAAAAUUUGUAACAAUGUUAGGGAAUACAAAAGUCGGUAAGGUUAGUUUCCCCUUUCAAUUAUCACGGUUCAAGUCAGUUUUUCUUCAUUUAGAUUCCUGGGUCCGGCACCGAAUUAAAGUUAAAUUAUACAUUUUUUGGUCAUUAACAAAUUAGUGUUCUGAUUUUUUUUUUUGUGAAAAUUCAUGUAGUUUUCUUGUUUACAAAUUGUAGAUUGAGUUAGUUUUGAAAUGAAUCGAAUCGAGGAAAAGCAAAUAUCAUAAUACCCAAGUGUUAAGACUUAGUCAACUGAUGGGUCAUGGCUUAACGUCGUACGCUUUGAAUCCCAAAGUCGUCGAAGUAUCACGAUGACUCGAACUUGAAUGGGUUAGGCCCAAUCACACCAAAUCGAAUCGAUGUUUAGAUCGGACCACACCGAAUCAAAUAUAAUAUGGUCCGGUCUUUGGUUUCAUGAAUUUUAUAAACACUAAAAAAAAAU